AUGCCUAGCUCUGACUCACCCUCCAUGCCCCCCUCUACCUCCCCAGCCAGCUUUCAUCUGGCAGACGGGCUAGGCUAUGCUCUUCAACAAAACCACCGGUCGGUAAUCCGCCUACACGUGCAGCACUUCCUAUGGCGGCAAGUAUUUGGCUACAGCAUCCACCCUUCAAUUUCCACCACACCAGCGGCGCUUAAAAAAGUGGUCGAUGUAGCUUGCGGCACGGCCCUCUGGCUGAUCGAUGUGGCCCACGAGUUUCACCAUACCAACGAAAACCUCCAGCUGGACGGGUUAGAUAUCGAUCUCACCCAAGCACCACAUUCUGGGUGGCUGCCGUCCAACAUCCAUCUUGAUCACUGGGACCUAUUCACUCCGGUACCCCAGCAACUGCAGGAGCAGUAUGACCUCGUGCACGUCCGACUAUUAGUGUUGAUUUUAUCCGGGCUGGAUCCGAUGCCGGUUAUCCGACGGCUCUUCCAGCUAGUCAAGCCCGGGGGUUAUCUCCAGUGGGAUGAGCUGAAUUGUGCCAACCUGUGCAUCAAGAAGACGGAUCCGUCCAUUGCUGCACCGGCCUUGGAGGAGAUCCGUGUGGGUUCGCAUGCUGAUGGUCGCCAUGAUUGGGCUUUGGAUCUGCCGCGGCUGUUGGCUGAAGUUGGCUUCCAGGAAGUGACCAUCGAUCACUACGAUGAACCUCCGGAGAUGGUUCGGGCCUUUAACGAUCUGCAUUUGUUGACCAUGGAGGAGUUUGCCGCUAGACUGGCAGGCCAGGGCCAACACAAGGCUGCGGCGAGAUUCACCCAGCUCAUCCAGGCUGGCUAUCAGGAGUCGGUUAAUGGGGCCGCCCUUUCAUUUCCGCGGGUGGUCGUCGUGGCUAAGCGACCGGAGUAA